AUGCCAACACUCUCCCACAUCUCCACCCGGCUAACAAUCGGCUCCCUCGCCCUCAGCGAAAUUCCCGACAACUCCACACCGAACCCCGAACCCAACACCAGCAGCUGCUACAUCCUCAUCUCGCCCAACAAGCCCUUCCUCGUCGCCAUCCACAUCCCCGCGCACGUCGUCUUCCUCGGCGAUGCCCUCCUUUUCAAAAUCCUCAAAGACGGGCGCUUCGUCACGCAAUCAUGGCGGGCGCGCGGGAAGGAUGAGGAUGGAGGUGCGAAGGCGAUGGAUGUGUGGAUUGGAGCGGAGGAGUUGAGGUUUCCGCAUGUGGUUGAGGAUGGCAAUGCAAAUCCGCCAGGUGAUGUCGCCUUGUGGGACGGCAGCGAAGUCGUCGUUCAGAUCAGCCACGCACGCAUCACAGAGCCGCCCGGCGGCGAUGGCUUCGGUAAUAAGACCCCCGGCGAAGUCCAACCCCUAGGAGGAGUCGACCACACUCUCGCUUUCACAUUCAAAUACCGCCCUGAAGCCGUCUUGAGAGCGAUCCUCUUGCCGCCGCCGCCUCUGCCUUCACCAAACCCAGCUCCAUCCUCAUACGACGAGCACCCCGCCGACACCGCUUUCAAAGCCCAUAUCACCAACGGCAAAGACAAGAACCCCGAGAUCUACUGCAACUGCCGCCUCAUCCGUGCCGCCGAGCCUAUGGUGACCUGCGACAACGACCGCUGUGAGAUCAAGACGUUCCAUUUCGACUGCGUUGGUUUGGACGAGGCGCCGAAGAAGGGAGCGACGUGGUUGUGUCCGACGUGUAGGAAGCUGCCGGCGAGAGAGGUGGAAAUCGAGGGGAAGACGGAUGAGUUUGGCCCGUUUCAGGAGGAGUGGAUUGGGAAUGAGCAUUGGUAUUGA